AUGAGUACUCUCCAGGAUAUCGAUUCCGCCAACAACCCCAAGCAGGGCUUCAAGCCCUCUGUGCCACCAGGAGGCCCUAUUACCACCAAGGGUCACCAACCCGGUCGCAAGGUCAGCGAAGCCGACCAGCGUUCCGAAUUCCACGCGGAAGCUCACCCUCAAGGUACCGCGCCUGCAAGCAGCUCCUACACAGCGAACCCCGUCUCGGAAGCCGGCGGACAGGCAAACAACCCCAAUGUGUACGGUGGAUCCGACAAGGAGCCCACAUACACGUCUGCAGCAGACACCCUAAUGGGCUCGACCUCAGCAGAUGUCGACCAAGGCCUCGGCAAGCCCCUACAAGGUCAAACCAGCGUCGAGCUCAGGCACGAUGGCCAGCAUGGUCGCAAGAAGCAAACCGCCGGUUUGGAGGGUGUGGGUGCCUCUGCUCAGGAUCGAGAUAUUGAGCGCCGGUUCCCCGACCAGCGCGGUCUCGAACGGGAAGAGGCUGACGUGAGUGGCACCCGGGGUGACAAGGCUUCUCGUGCUGCUGAAGAGAUGGUGCCUGAGUCUGCUGAGACUCUGAGCCGGGAGUGGAAGUAUGAGCCCGGCACUAAACGAGACAAGGGACAGCAGAGAAAGCACUAA